CCCGAUUUAGCAGAGCAGCCAUGUCGACUUCCACUGCAGACGUCAACAUUGAGACCAAGGAUAUCCAGACGGCUCCAGGCGUCUCUCUCGACGCUUCAAAACAGACCAUUGUCGGCUCAGUGCUGGACCUUUUCGCCGGCCGCCCUUCUUUGAAGAAACUUGCGCUGUGGCGCGACGACGCUACUUUUACGGACCCCCUCACUAUUGCUACCGGCCGCAGCAAGUACGCGGCGCAAUGGUACGGACUCAAGGCGGCCUUCUCCGAGAUUGAGCGUCAGCACUACGAGGUCAAGGAUGCGGGCAACCCCAUCUUGAUGGACUUGAAGACGCGGUACGUGGUCAAGGGGCUUGGCAAGGAGCAGGUGAUCCAGAGCGAGGUGGCCAUUCACUUGGACAGCGAGGGAAAGAUUGAAAAGGUGGAAGACAAAUGGAAUGGAAAGCUGCCCGAGAACCCCAUUGUGAAUGCCUUCCGACACUUGAACGCGGUUUCGGUGCCUCUGAUGAUCAAGGUGCCCAAGAACGACGAAGAGGAUGCGCAGAUGGGCAACCAAUAA